AUGGGCGUGGUGAACACCCCGGAGGCCACCUUUAAGGACUUUUUCAACUACACACUGAGCCUGAGUAGAAGGUCGGUGGUGGUGGUGGACCGCUCCCAAAUCGAACUCCUCUGGUCGGUGGCCGUCUCGCUGCUGCUCGUGGGCGCCUUCAUCGGCUGCACCUUUACCGGCUACCUGGCGGAUCGGAUCGGCCGUCGAGGGCUGCUCAUUCUGAACGCCCUGCUCGGCCUCCUGGGCGCCGCCCUCUGCUGGAUGGCCAAGUUUCUGGGGCCGUCCUUCUCGCUGCCGGUCUUCAUCACCGGCCGCUUCAUCUCCGGCCUGCACACUGGCGUCGGCUCCAGUCUGGUCCCCAUGUACCUGAUUGAGAUUGCGCCCAAAAACGGGGGCGGUGGCGGCGGCGGCGGCGGCCUGGCCACCGCCCUCGGCGUCCUCCACGCGGAGGCGUGGCUCAACUUUGCCACCAUUGCCAUCAUUCUCGCCUAUGUCCUCUUCUUUGCCAUUGGGCAAGGCCCAAUUCCCUUCAUGAUUGGCGGCGAGCUCUUUGACCAGUCGACGAUGGCCAUCGGCAUGAGCAUCGGCUGCUUUGUCAACUGGUUUUGCAACUUUCUCAUUG